AUGUCCGAAACAGCAGGAGACGCAGUCCCAGCAUCACAGCGUGGCAGCUGGACCUCAUUUCUCAAAUCCAUUGCAUCCUUCUCGGGCGACCUUUCUUCUUUGACGGCCCCGCCCUUCAUCCUCUCUCCAACAUCGUUGACAGAGUUCCCGGCAUAUUGGUGUGAGCGCCCUGACCUCUUCGCUGCCAUUGCAGACGCCAAGGAUGGCGAAGACAGAACCCUCGCCGUCCUCAACUGGUUCAUUAGCACCUUGAAGGAUCAAUACACAUCUAGAAAUGAAUCCAUGGGAUCAGAGAAGAAGCCUCUUAACCCUGUCCUUGGAGAGCUUUUCUAUGGCAAUUGGCCUGACAAGAACGAUCGUGGACUCACUGAACUACUUGUCGAGCAAGUCUCCCACCAUCCACCCAUCACUGCCUACAUCAUCGAGAACAAGUCUAAAGGGCUGCGUCUCGUGGGCCACAAUGCGCAAAAGACCAGUUUCAGCGCGGGCUCAAUCAUCGUCAAACAAAUCGGACAUGCGGUGCUCACCGUUUCCCUUCCCUCCGGCACUAAAGAGGAAUAUCUCAUCACCCUCCCCCGCCUGCGUAUAGAUGGGCUCUGGUAUGGCUCCCCUUACAUCGAGCUCGCAGAGACAUCCUACAUCAUCGGCGGCGGACACGUCUCGCUCAUCGAAUAUAAAGGCAAAGGCUACUUUUCUGGCAAAUCCCACUCCUUCAAAGCCACCGUGACGCCGAUGCCAGGCAUGGGCGGCCAAGGAAAGAAGGAGACCGUGAUAGAGGGCACGUGGCACGAGAAGAGCCAGUUUGUUAAAGGUGGGAGUGGAGAUUUUCAUGAUGUACAUGCUGUGAAGGAGCAAGUGUCGCCGAUUGGGGGUGGGGAGGGUGGGGAGAUGGGCGAUUUCGAAACGAGGAAGCUUUGGGCGCUCGUGGCGAAGGGGAUUAGGGAAGGUGAUUUCGAAACGGCGAGUAAGGAGAAGUCACGGAUUGAGAAUGAACAAAGACAACGAAGGAAGGACGAACAGGCUGCUGGAACGACAUGGGAAUUGAAACACUUUGCACAGCUAGAAAGUGAUCCCGUUUACGAGCGCCUGGGCAAGGUCGCAAAGAUUGUACCUCCAACAGAGGAUACUUACGUCUUCCAAGAAAAUUGGCCUCCUGUUGCAUGA